AUGAAAGUCACUGGAGUAAUCUAUCUCGAUAUCUUGGUCGUCUGGCUUGUUCUGAUAGCUGGAAGUGUGUGUGAUUCUGAAUUCAGACUGUCGCACUAUCGACUGACUGAGCACCUCAAGAAUAAUACUCUCAUAAAACACCCACCUCUGGCUGGAGGGAAGGAAAAACUAGACAUACACAUCCGUUUUGCAAUUAUCGCGCUGCUGGACAUUGAUGAGGUUAAACAGACUUUUUCUUUCAUGGGAAGUUUGACGAUAGAAUGGUAUGAUGCUGACAUAAAGUGGAAUGCAACAGAAUUCGGAAAUAUCCAGUCUAUAGUCGUUGCUCAGGAAUAUGUCUGGAAACCCGAUAUUAUUUUCGUAAAUAGCGUGGAUCGGAUAUACCUAUAUGAUGGGCAUAAUGACUUCCGCCUCUAUGACAAUGGCAACAUCUCCUCAUGGACAACCGACAUUUUUCGGACAACCUGCUCCAUAGAUAUAUCUAAAUACCCAUUCGAUAGCCAGAGGUGUGGACUACAAAUUGUGGAAUCUAAUAGUCAGCUGCUGUUUCUCCAUGCCAGUACCUUCAAUGUAGAUUUUCCUAAGAUAUUUUCAACUAAGACUGAAUGGUACUAUGAUUCAGAACAUGGGCUGGAAGCCCAUGUUGCUGAUUUUACAGCAACUAUUAAGCGAAAGAGUCUGUUUUACAUCGUUACGACACUGUUUCCCAUGUUCCUCUUGUCCUUACUGACGUCUUCAGUGUUCCUCAUCCCCGCGCCCUCUGGCGACAGGAUGUGUUACCUCAUAUCUAUAUUCGUAUCCUACUCCAUGUUCCUCAACUUCAUCAACGACUCGAUGCCCAGGACGUCACAGACUCUGUCCCUCUUUGAGAUGUACCUGGUGUUCGUCCUGUGUCACUGCUGUUCGGCGAUUUUCGUCACGCUGCUGGUUCUGCGGGUCAACAACCGAGCAUCAAAGUCGCUCAGUCAAAUCGACGAACAGUCGAUGCUUGUAACACUCAGCACAAUCCUGAAACAGGACGUCUCCAAGAGUGAUGAUGAUACCAGCAUUAAUCCAAUGUCCGGUUCGUCCGAAUCAAACAAAUCGAAAAAGAAUCGGUGUUCCGUGGCGCUGUUAUCUGGGCCGACUCUCCAGAGCCCAAUUUCAUAA